AUGUAUUCCUUGAAACCUUUGAAUAUUAACAUGCGAAUGAACCCUCAUGUGUACUGUCGUUUUACGGAAGUACUGCGGCAUCCGCUAGUACAACGAUGUGAAGAACUAAGUCAAAUAUUUGAACAUGAAAGCAUUCACAACUUGUACGACAUAUUUCCAAUGCUUAUUAACUCGAUCUUCGAUCUAAACGGCCCAGGAUGGAAUCUUCGCAAGAUAACCCGAGAGAAUGCACGGUACGAAUUUGAGUUGCUGCAUGAUUUUUUCUCUCCGUUGCGAGGUCCAAUGAUCCGGCUCUGCUAUAAGAUAAUGGAAAGAAGCAGAUAUGAAGUGCCUAUUAGAAAUUUGCCGAUUAAAAUGCAGCACAUGUUAGUUGCCGGCCUAUAUCCACCGUUCUACUCAAAGCGGGUUAGGAUAGAUCCUUUUCGAAGACGCGCCGUUGCAUUAGUGUUAAAUUCUUUUGAAUAUUUUCUGAUUAGUUUCGCUUUGUACGGUAUAGUUCCAUUGCGCAAUUUGUACCCAAAUAUUAAGGCAAACAGUGCAGAAAAUAGUCGUAGUGAAACGAUUUAUUUGAUUCUUGCGGCGGAUCUUUUCAUUGUUUCUGUGCCGAGCCAUCCGGAUGUGUACCUGCUAGCGCCGGAAGUUGCUCCAAUGCGACCAGCACCGCCUAUAACGAGGUCAAAGAAAAAAAACCAAAAAGAUCCUACAAAAACGCUGAAAUACUUGAUUCCCCAGCGACUAUUCAUCGAAGUUCCUGUGGUAAAACCGCAUCGAGUAGACGCAAUAGCAGAAGCUUUCCAUUGGCGUGCUGAGGGUGUAAUUUACAUAUUGGCUGACGUUUGGCUCGGAACGGAGGUUAAUGAAUCGGAAAUCUUACCAGAUAUCGAUUUGGUGCGGUAUGUGCGAAUCCUGGUCAAGCAACUCCAUGGAUUUUCUAACUGUACCGAAGUGGGUACGAACACCCAGAUAGAGAUGUUACGUCGUGACACGAAGGGUUUAAUCGUUCCGCGCAUUACCGUUUUUCUACGUUAUUUGUUCAUGCUUUGGCCACUCGAUCAAACGUUCAUGGACGUUCUAGAGCUGUGGCUUAGUUACAUCCAACCAUGGCGCUAUAUCGAUGGAAAGCCCCGUAAUCGCGAGUAUGAUGAGCCAAUAGAUUCACACUACAAUGGAUUUAUCGCGUGCAACCUGAACGCGUACAGCGAAAUGUUCGUUUGGCUCAUGCUGCGAAUUGCGGCGAGUGAUGAACCAAUUCAGCGUUACACUAUGCUACUGUUCCGCACUUUAAAAGUAUUUGGCCAAGGCAAUCUGCUCCAGCUGUUACGCCAGCAAAAUGAACGACAAUCCAAGAUAAAGAUGGACUCAAACACCGUUGUCAACAUAUUACCGGUGAAGAGAGAAAAUUUCGAACUUAUUACGUACCCCUUUGAUGAUUUUCGCCCUGGCCUUAUUCGACACGAAGCCCUGCUGAUACCGAUGUUCACAGAGCAGGUACAGAUAGCUCUUGAAACUAUUACGGGAAAUAUUUGCACUCGUAUACUCGACAAUCGAUCUGUGUUGGCAGAACUAGCUAAUGAAACCGAAUUUGCGCGCCAAUCGUGGACGCGAUGGAUGCCAUUAACAUUUAUCCGACGCUUACAGUACGAACGCACGGCGGCCGAAUUGAGCGAGGAACAGCGUCGGCUUGAAUUUGCGGUGCAAAUUCUUCAACAGAGCUUCUUCAUAGUUCCAGUAUACAAAGAACGUGAACCUACCCCGACACCCAAAUUGUCUCUAUCGGAUCCGCUGAAAAUCGGUGACAAAGCGAUUGAACCGAUCACUAGCAGCGAGUGUAAGUGUUUAGUGCGUUUCCUAUAUCAGGUAAGCUCAAAGCUAAAUGUAAUGUUUGGCGAAGAUAUGAAACGGCUGUGGGAUCGAGGUGGAUUAAUUGGGAGGGUUGCACGCAGGACUCUGGAAGCGCCAUCUACGAUAGCCAAUUUUGUUCGUAUGCCUGUAUGUACCCAGGGCUCAAAAACAUUGGUGUUCACGGAUGUUGGACCACGCAUCAAUUUACGCUUUCUGGCUUCGUAUACGUCGAUAGUAAUCAUCUGUUGCUCGUUCUUGCUCGGACAUAUUAUUUUCGGUGCACCGAGCUUCGGCUUUAUAGCUUUGUUACUUGUGGCGUUUUUGUAUAUACUUGUAAAACCAGAGAGGAGAGAGAUUAAGUUUAAGUUAAGUGUUAAGCGCCGUUCAAACUGUAUGUUUGAUGGCUCGGACACACGCUGA